AUGGGCAAUGAACAGUCGACGGCCAAUGGCUCGCGGAGUGAUGGGAUACCGUUCGUGUGUUGGCAGCGCAGUCCCAAGCAACAGUCCGUGGCAGCUGCUGGCAAUAUUGACGCCAAUGUGCACGUACAGAACAGCCCUACAAGUGCAGUGGUGGGCUACCACUUUGCAGAGCCGUGUAGUUACCGAUACGACCGCGUGUCCCGUACAGUCGUGGGAACGGCGGUGUAUACGGACCCUCUCAAGGCAGACGGAGAGAUUAAAAACAAGACGGAUCUAACGGGAAACAUUGCCAUCGUCGAACGAGGCGGUCGCGUUCAUUUUCCAGACAUUGUUCGCCGUCUGUUGGAUCUCGGGGUCAUUGGCAUUGUCUUUAUUGAGACAACAGCAGACAACAAACGCGCGACCCAGUCGCUUUUUGACGGCUUUCAUUCGUCUGGACGUCAGUCAGUGUCCAUUCCAAUUGUGCUGCUAUCCAAGUACCAUGCCGACCAACUACUAGUUGACCGACCAUCACGGAUCUCGAUCGAAUUGCUCUGGAGAGAACAGGCCUGUAAACAUGUUGUGCCGGACGAUGUGUACUUCGGGAUCCAGACUGCAGCGCGUGCUGGAGACGUCGAGCUGCUGAGACACUUGUUGAAGCUUGAUGCGUCAGGAAGUGUCGUGGAUAAUUUUCCAAAAGCAAUGACGUUGUGUGAUGCUGCCGAAAAUGGGCAUGUGGACUGCAUCGAAAUCCUACACAGUCUAGGCGUGUCGCUGGACGAACAAAAGCCUACGGGUGUGUCGCCACUGAUGAUGGCAUGUUCAGUCGGCAAUGUAGAAGCGGCGCGAGCUCUACUGAUGUUCGGCGCCAGCCUCGACUUGGAAGAUGUACACGGCAUGACCGCUUUGAUGGUCGCCACCCGAGACGGCCGUGCGAAAUGCGUGAGAAUGCUUGUCAAGAAAGGAGCAAGAGUGAAUUUGUCAAGAAACCGGAGUCGCGGAACUACUGCACUUCAUAUUGCUGCCCGAGGUGGCCUGGAAGAGUGCUGUUCAGCUCUGCUCGAAAAGGGCGCAGAGCUCGAGACCCCAAGCCCAAACUCGACCACCGCUCUGAUGGAAGCUGCACGUGCCGGGAAUCUUGGCUGUGUAAAAGUACUUGUCAAGGCUGGUGCCAGUCUGACUGCAAAGGAUAGAGACGGGAACACUGCAGAGCAUAUAGCGAUGAUAGCAGGGCACACUGAUAUUGAAAAUUACUUGCGUGAACAAGCUGAAAGUGAAUCCGUCCGGGACCAUCGUCGCAAGAUUGAAGAAACCGUCGCCAUGCAGGACUCGACUUUGCAAGAUUUGUUGAGGAUUGCGAAAAGCAGUGAAAUGUCGGUCGAUGUUUUGUAUCGAGAGAUGCUGCGAGAGCACAAGUCAAGUAGUUGGCUGGAGCAGCCGCGAAUUAUUUAUGAGGUGUUUCGCUUAUUGACGGUUCCAGCAUCAUCUUCCGAGUCGGACUGCGCAGAUGACCCGAACUACGGCAAGUAUACCGUGCAGCAUUUUUGCAGCGAAGUUGCACUGUGGUACCCGCCACAUAUAUUCCAGAAAGGUUACACGCUCGUUGGCGGUGGAUGGGCUUUGAACUCUGCUGAUGACUAUGACGUCAAAACUGCAUCUGGGUACAUGAAAGUGCUAUUCAACUUUCUUUGUACUGCAGAUCCCUUGGAUGAAGUACUGCUGGUUCUCUUUUGUAAAGUAGUCAACCACUUGAUCGUGAAUCAGAGCCUUGGAGGGCUAAUCUGGCGGUUCCUAGCUAACGAAGGGCGAUUUGUUGUGCCCUGGCUAGUUUGUCAUAUCGGCCUCGAUUCGAUUUGCGAUACCCUUGUGUGGUUACUGUAUUCAGACAUGUCGGAAGAAGGACAGCGCAGCGUGCAGAAGAGCGGUAUAUUCGGUUGUUUAUUCGCUCGCUUGUACUCGUGGCAGCGAACGUUGGGCUGGGGUGUGGGGACCUCGUUCCAGCGAGACUCGGUCGAGAACAUUUGCUCACUGAUAAACUACAUCAUCUAUCCACCUUCGGUGUACAUCAUGAACAACGUGGCGACUUUCGUGGAAAACGCAGAUCACUCAUUGCCGCUGAUAACGGACCAGCAGUUUCCCCUCCAUCACAACGAGCUGUUUAAGUCGCUGUUGGUAUUUCUACUCAACACGACCGAUGUCUCGUUUGGCACAUUGCUCGAUCUAGGAUUCGCGGAGGUUUGUCGCCAGAGUACAGAGGGAUGCACGUCGCUCGUCGUUUGUGAAGGUGGUGCAUUGUCCAUUGUUAUGAUGCUGAUGAGUACGCUGGGGUACCACAAGAAAAAACGUGAUGUUACGGGUAUCGAAGGCCUGUUAAAGACUGUCUACGUGUCGUUGUUAUCGGCACUUAUUCCUCGAGUGGAGAAGUUUGUGAUAUUGUGCCGGGCAGUGGUCACGUCGAAUGCCGACGCGCUCCACGCACUAUUGGCUUCCUCCAACCCCGGCAGUGUCAAAGCUGUGAGCGCCAAAGGAUCUGCGCUUUUGCACAUCAUCACGUUUCUCAAGCGAUGCGUAUUUUUGCAAAGUGGAGAUGUGGACUACCAGUUGGCAAAUUCUGGCUUGAUGCCGUGCUUACUAGCCUGCUACGGGUCGCACCCGAGCAACAGCAUGUUGCAUCACGAACUCACAGACGUCAUCAGAUUCGUUUUGAUGGAUCCCGACCAGAAGCGCUUGCCGUCAUCUCCAUUGCUGAACAGUCUCUUCAUCGAAGGCGCGAAUAUCUUGGAUUUCGUCAUUCAGGCGUACAAAAAGCACGUGCAGUACAAGGGUCACAUGACGACGAUCGCGAACAGCGUUUUCACGUUGACAAAUACCCCGAAUUCCAGGAGUGGAUCAGUCGCAAUUACGUGUCAAGACAUCGUACGGCAGUACACGUCGCAGCACGAAAAGUGGGUGAAAUUUGAGCACGUUAUCGCGGAGCAGAACCGUGUCGAGAUGCUACCGCUAGGCGAGCGCAACGCACCGUUGUGCCACGGGUGCUUGAAGCUGAAGCAAAGUGCCGUCGAGUAUGUGUCGGCCACGCUCACGAUUACCGAGAUGGGUGAGUAUAGUGGCCACCUGGAGAACAUUUUCUCGGGUGCUGCGAGCCACUACUGUAAGGUCACGUAUACGGACGAGUUCAUCACAGGCUUCAUGUACAAGAAGGACAAAGUCCACGACCAUAUACCGAUUCCAGAGCCUACGCGUGUGAGCUCGUUCAUCCAGUUCCCAGUGCCAAUGCCGUUCCACGCACUCACGUUUACCAUAACGUUUUUUGGACUGUGCCAAGUAUGUGACAAGCUCUGGUAUUGUGACACGCUUCAAAGCGCCAAUUGGGCGAAGCGCAUGAAGUGGGUCAUCCCGACGUCGGUCCGCAAGUGGUAUAGCUUUGGUGUGACUGAGGGUCCGGGGAGUGGCGCGCAUGGCCUACAGUUUUCUUCAAAGGGUUACAAAAGCUUUAUUGUGCUUAUUGACACGUGGGGGCGGCAAGAGCAGUGGUUGCACGCGAUGGAAGAUGCUAUUCAGAGCCUAGCGACUCAAACGUAUCGAGGAAACACGGAAAGCGCUAUGGCUAUCGAGAUCGACAACGAAGUUGAUGCCGAAGAGCUUGACGUGAUGCGCAUAAGAGAAAUCACGGCUGGUUUGGGUGGUGUCGGCCUAAGCGGCGCGUCUGCUGUGGUGGGGUCUGGUCCGAAAAGCGACUCCAGCAAUCGCAGCUCGCAUUUGCCAGAAGAAGACGAAAGCGGAGUGCGCCGCCGGAGUAGCACCGUGUCCUCGAUUGAAGAUAACGUUGAGUCGGUGCUGGGGAAGUCUGGAGAUGACGGUGAUCAAAGCAGCGAUACAUCACCACUAUCGUUAGAGUUGACAAUGCCCAUCUUGCGGUCACAGUCUUCCAUCGAUCUCACAUGCAAGGACGAAAGUGAACUGCCCGGUCCCCAGAAGGACAAAGUUCCUCGAGAGUCGCGUCGGAAUCUCGAUCUGAAGCGUUUCCAGCCGGAUACACAGAAGUUUUCGGAAAUCCUGUGCAAACUGAAGGUCAGCCCUUUACCUCGUACCCGCAAUGUCCGAGCACCUGUGAGCACACCGAGCAGCUUCACGCCCUUCGGUCAAAGGAAUGCUGGAGGUCCCCACAGUGGUGUGAGUAAUCGUUCGGCCGCCGACCUCGUCGGCAUGCGUCAUGUUGUUUCAACUCCUGACCUCACCCGAAUGCAGGGAUAG